CUACUACUGUUCCGCUCAUCCUCUUCUCAUUUCAACUGUACCCUCUGAUUCUCGUCCUUGCUACCAUCGACAUCCUUAGAUUUACCGCAUCGUCGAAUACAUACCGUUGCUAUCUCGUCCAGCAGCGUGUGGAAUUGGAAAUUGCUGGUAGAUACUCAGUUUCAAAAAUGGUCUAAACAUUCAAAUCGAAUGUAAGAUAUCAGACGCAAGAGAUCGAUUCAAUUGUUAGCUUCAAAAGCUUCUAAAAUGGGCCUGUCAUCCACAACCACUAGCAGUGAAGGGGUUCAACUUUGUAUAUUUGACUUGAGAAGGGGACAACAUGAAGGGCAAGAGCUUGACAAGAUAUUGUUUUUCUUUCCCGCCGAUUGCCCUUAUUCGACGCAACUUUCUGUAAUAGGACUUAGCGAAGGUCUUAUCACAUUUACAAGAAUUUUCUCCCCAGAUGCUGCUUGUGAGGUAAUAGAAGCUGAGAAACAUUCCCAUGUGUUCUAUCAGGCAGAGCCAGAUAUAUGGAUGGUGAUGGUAGUGGAAAAAAAGAAAGAGUCAGAAGCCGUUUGGAGAAGUGCUGCAUUACAGGCGGUUCUUAAGGAAGUACAUUCUCUUUUUGUGAUGUUCCAUGGAUCUGUGCGAGCUUUACUAGAGAAACAACCUGGUGGUGGACUUGCUCGCAGCCAUUUGCAUUCGUUUGUCAUGGAUUAUUUAACUGCAGACUUUUUAGUUGGCAAGAAACUCCAAUUGCCAUCCUUCCGUGACUGUUUAAGGGAGCGUGGAACUGUUCAGAUGCUAACUAUAGGGCAAGAGGCAGCAAUUGAAGUUCAGUCGCUCGUCAGAGUUUUAGAAUCCUCAUGUGUUGGGAACGCUUCAUGCAGCUCGCUUAUCUUGUUUCAGGACCUGCUGGUGUCCACAACACUUCCUCCUGAUGACACGGCGAACAUAUUCACAUAUGCUGUUCUAAGGUUGACUCCACAUGCUCUAUCCACUGGUACAAACUCAUGGUCCUAUUUGCGCAAGGGAGCUCCUUCCUCCUAUGUUGCUGCAGCCUCUAUCUUAGCAAACACUGGAAUUUCUCCAGAAGAAUUUCAGUACACAUCACGUGAUACUUCGCCUAACAGACAAGGUCCAGGAUAUCAGGUUCCAAGGCCAUUGCAACGUGACAGAUGGUCUAAAGGAAAGGAUGGUUUUGUCAUCACUGACGUUUGGGGCGGAGAAGUUGGCAGCUUGACUUCCGCAACCCCGACUGUUUGGCUGCAGCAAAAAGGGGAGCGUAUGUAUCUUUGUGUAUAUCAGCACAAGAAUCUGACCAUUAUUGUCCUCAUUCCUGCUAAUUCAUUGAUUAAUGGAGAGCAAUGGAUUUCUUUGGUGAAGCAGCAACUUCUUGAAAAUGCAUCACUGAAGAUCUUAAAAGUUGAAGAGAAACUAUCAAGAGGAUGGGGUGGUGAAAAUGCUUAUCACGUCAGUGGUUACCGCUACUUGUUGAUUGAUGGUGACCGAGAUGUAUCAAGGGCUUCUCCACCGGGAAAAGUUACCACUCUGACGAAGGACUCCUUGCUCGCGCUUAGUAAGCUAAGGCAAGAAGUGGACUUAGAAAAGAGCCAAGCAAAAAGGGAUGACCCUGAUCAUGACAAGGAUCUAGAAGUUUGCAUUAGAGCAAGAAACAGUGCUUGGAUUAUUGCUAGGAUUACAAGAGGAAAAGAGCUCUAUAUGGUUUUAGAGAAAGCAAACGAAACGCUUCUCUAUGCAUCGGAUGCCGUUGAGAAGUUCAGCAACAGGUAUUGCGGUGGAGCUUUUCCUGUCGAUUAGAGCAAAGUCUUAGAUUUCGGCUAGCCUGACACUGAUGGGAGUCCUCUUAAUCUACUUUAGGUUAUUGUUAUAAGGUCUUUGAAGUUACCGAGCUGUUAGAAAUUGUAAUAGUUGGAUAGAAGCUGGUUUGAUUUUAGAGGAAAGCUACUGCCGAGUCAUGAUCUUUUUGUUUUUCCAUGAAACAUGCACCAAAACAUUUCCUCCA